AUGGUUGCCAGGACUCGCGGUAACAAUGGGCAAGAUAUCUGCGGCAUGACAGUCACGCCUUCGCGGACGAGAAGUUAUAGCGGCUCCGACCUUGACGGCAUCACCGGCCGUCUGCCCGCCCGGGUGUUGGACCACAAAACUGAUGUUGCUGGUGGUGCGGCUGAACGGUCUAAAGGGCAUUCAAAACUAAAGGAUAAUACAGAGAUCUUCGCAAAAGUCUCUGAACCCAUUAUACUCACACCCAACUUCAUCGCACACCUCCAAACUACCUUGCCGCAAAUCCAAAUACGUAUCCAAAUACGCGCUCAGGAGCAUACUAGCACAACCCACACUACUUCCAAAAUGGCUCAGCAACGGUUAGUGGUUGACCAAGCUCCGGACUAUGUAUCCCCCUUGCCUCUAUCCAGAGAAGGCUCUCUGGCAUCAUCUUCCACCUCCUUGCUGAGCUAUCGCCAGCUUACAGGGGACGCCACGGUAGGUCUCGGCGAGAACUCAGAGCUGGACGGCUCAGGCUCCACUUCGUCUCCGUCUGAAGACUCGCUCGCAUUUGACCAAACCCAGAUCGGCGUCUCUCAAUGGCUUAGAGAGGUCGAGGCUGCAACAGGUGCUCUUAGAACCUGCAACCCGGAUCCAGCCUCGGCCUCACCCAGUCAGGGCUUGCCUUCUAGUAGUCAUGAUGGGAACCAGUCUAGAUGGUCUCAUUCUACAGACUCCCUUGCCCAUGAGGGCCCGCCCAAUGACCUUUCUUUCUGGGACCGAGAGACCGAAUCCGAAGCAGGCAGCCCGCCACCCGAGCCAACCAGCCAGAGCAUCUAUUCUAGUGGUGAGUCGACGCAUGGAGAAGCUUCCGGGAAUCUGGGUGGUGAUGAUACAAGGGAGCCUCCCCAGGUUGACUGGGUCACUUUCGGCUUAUUGGUGAGCAGGGACGAUGGUACUCUUGCCAGGCUGCGCAGAGAUGAGAACCCCGACUUCCACCUGCCUACCCCUGCUACGUUGUCGAGCCGUAGAGCUACCUGGCAUGGGGAUGAGAUUGGAACGGCUCGAGCUGUUGAAGUGUAUGAAUUUGGCCCAGGUGAUGCCACGAUUGUCCAAGUUGGUGCAAGCUCAGGGGCUGGUGAAAUUCCUGUUAGGAACGACCCCAAGCGCCAGGGUGGAGUUUGGGAUGUCAAGUUUUGA